AUGGGGGUGAGGCAGGGAGUGAGAAAUGGGUUAAGGAAGGGGGUAAAGAAGGGGAUAAGGAAGGGGGUAAGGAAGGGGGGUAAGGAAGGGGGUAAAGAAGGGGAUAAGGAAGGGGUAUGGAAAGGGGGUAAGGAAGGGGGUAAAGAAGGGGAUAAGGAAGGGGAAUGUCACACCAAGCCCUCGCCAGUAGCGUUUCACGCUCUUAUGACGGACUCCAUAUUCCCUGUUGGUGCCAAACAAAUCAUACAAUAUGAUGACGUCAUCACAAAUGUAGGGAAUGCAUACGACAAAUACACAGGAAUAUUCCAGGCUCCUAUAGGCGGCGCCUACGAGUUCAUAGCAACGAUGUGGUCACGUGAAGGCUACCAUAUGGAUUACGAGAUGCUUCACAACGGAAAUGACGGAUGUUUUGUCAGCAACCUACGUUAUAUUGACAUGAUGAAUCUAGCUGCAGCUGGUUCCUUCGGAAAUUCCGAUUCUGCCGAGUUGAACCGAGCCUUUUACUGGAAAUAUUGGGGCUUUCACGGAAAUGAUUUCGAGAUGGAAGAAUUUUCAAAGGGCACUAAUAGAUCGAGUCUGACGACCUGGACAUAUGUCCAGAGACUUCAUCGACCAGUAUUGUUACUACAGAGAGCAGCUAAGCGAUGCUUAUUGUUCCACGCCAGACUCCAGAAUGCCAUUUACCCCAUCGGAACCAAUCAAAUCAUCGCUUACGAAGACGUUGUCACCAAUGUUGGCAAUGGCUACGACUCUUUUACUGGUCUCUUCCGGGCACCAGUAGGUGGUGCUUACGAAUUCAUCGCCACCAUGUGGUCUUCUGACGGUAACUUCCUGGAGUUUGAAAUGGUACGAAAUAGCGUUUACUUUUGUUACGGGCGGGCUAGUCAAUCUAACCAGACCAUAGGUUCAUGUGUCAGCAUGGUGGAACUGUCUGCUGGGGAUAGGGUUUGGGGUCGACAUCUCAGCGGCAGGAGCACAUACGCAAACGGUCAAGAAUAUCCAUCAUUUGCUGGACAUCUUAUCGUGUAG